UUUCAGAUCUAUACAGAUUGGGCGAACCACUAUUUGGAAAAAGCCCGAAGUAAACGUUACAUCUCAGAUCUACAACAAGAUGUCACUGAUGGUGUUCUGCUUGCUGAUGUCAUUGAGGCUGUCACUAAUGAGAAACUUCAGGAUAUAAAGACCAAGCCAAAAAAACAGUGCACAAAUGGUUGAAAAUAUAAAUACAUGCCUGACGUUUCUGGUGAAUUUGGGUGUCAACAUUGAUGGUAUAACAGCCAAAGACAUACGUGACGGAAACCUGAAGGCAAUACUCGGUUUGUUCUUUAGUUUAUCUCGACACAAACAACAGCAGAAGACCCAACAACAACAACAAAAACAAGAGCGUCAACAUCAAGGGGAGGCCACUGAUAAUCACAGUAACAGUAAAUCCGGAAACUUGGUCAACGGUGAAGAAAACCAAUCCAGAUUACCAUCUUAUAACAGACAGCAAGGCAGUAAGUGCCCGACUAUAGCUCACCCUUCGAGCAAGGACACAGGUCAAGGUCGAAGCAAAUCACAAGGUCAAGGAUCAAAGGUCAAACAACAGAGUCAGCCAACCAAUGGAAGCUCACAACAGAAUGGAUCAGUUGCAGAUGUGAAUAGUAUAUCAGAUCCUGGGACUGCUGCCCUACGAGCCACAUCACCAGCGGCAACUGGUAUUCCUACACCAGCAGGUCGCGGUCUGCCACAGAGAAGUCAGUCGGCCACGCCAGAUAAACAACAGAAUAGAAAUAGUAAUAGUAAUUCUCCGCACCCUGCAGGUCAAGGUCAAAGGUCAAAUAUUCCUGGUAGUAAACAGAACUCUAUGUUAGACAAAUUUAAAUUAUUCAAUAGCAAGGAGAAAGCAAAAAGUAAAGGAAGUGUAGGAAAAAGUGGUUCCAAAGGAAAUAGUGCAGGGAAUAGUAGCACAAGUACAAGCACAUUAAGUACUAGUUCUCGUAGUGAUACAUCUUCAUCAAUUAGUGCAAGAAGUUCAAGUUCAGCAGACGCAGGACCUAGUAGUAGUGCAACUAGUACAAAUGAUCCAGACAGUCCUAAAUUAUCAAAGCCCCGCCCAGUAGGGGGUGGGGCUAUUCCUGGAAAGCGUGAAAAUCUCGGAGGAUUAACCAUAGGUCAUCAACAGUCCAGGCAGACUUCCCCCUCCCCCUACAGUAGCUCCCUUCCUGCUACCCCUGUUUCUUCAUUACCCAUCUCCCAUAGCAAGAAAUCUGGAGGGAAGUCUGGCCGAAGUAAUGAUGGUCAAUCACGGUCUCAUCUACAAUCGGGCUCACAGACACUCACUAAAACUUCAAAAGGUGGAAGUCUGAUACCGAAAUCUGGAAGCAAAGCCCAGAAAUCUUUGUCUACCCUUUCCCUCACUAGUUCUUCAUCAGGAUCACAAAUUCCAACUCCUGGAAGCUCACUCACAACUGGAAGCUCAAAUUCUACUCCAGGGAUACCUGUUCCUAAUUCUUCCAUUCCAAAACCAUCUCAAUCUUCAGGAAAGCUAUCUAGAGCAAGUAAAGAAGAGAAGAUGAGAGGUGCUGGAUAUUCAUCUCCUCAAAGUAUGAUUCCUCAAGGCCAAGGUCAGAAUCAGCAGACAGCAAGUCUACCAAAGAAAUCAAGAUCACAUGCAUCAUCUCAGCAACAACAUUAUCAGCAGCAACAACAACAGCAACAACAGCUGCAGCAACAACAGCUGCAGCAACAACAACAGCUGCAGCAACUUCAGCAACACUACCAACAACAACAACAAGCGUCUGCCAAGUUAAAUUCCAGUAAUUCAUCUCAGGGCCAUAGUUCCUAUAAUUCUCAGUCUUCCACAGCACCACCUGUUCCCCCACAUCGUAAUGGCAGUACAUCAUCAAAUGGUAGCCGUUCCAAUGCAAACCAGCAAACAAAUAAAGGGUCAUCAUCAUCACCUGUAAAAUCUCCUCAAGAUGGAUCUACCUCACAGAAAACCAGGUAUACAGAAAUAGAGUACACAGAUGGCAAGAUAGAAAGAGUAGGUGAAGGGCAUUUUGCUAAACCGACCAAUCAGGCUGUUGUCAGCAACCAAUCAGGAAACAGAGAUUUCAGUCAUCCAUAUUUAAUCACAUCCCAGUCAGUGAAUGUAGUAAAACCAACAUGUAGUUCACCACAUCCUAAAUCAGCUGAAAGCAAUACUCAAACAUCAGUGUCCAUCAUGCAUAAUCGAUCGGCACAACCUCCCCCGUUGCCAAAAACCGAACCUCCUCCUUCAACAAGGACAACUGUGAACAAUAAUCCUCAAAGUUCACAAGCUCAGACAAAUUCUUUAAACAGGGCAACCAGUCAGGUUGCUCAAAGCAACAACCAACCUCAGUCACCUGGUAAAAAGGACUUAUUGUCAACAAAAGUGCAGGAUUCACCAGAGGCACCCAGCACAAGCAGUUCUUCAAGCGAUAGUGUUAUAAUAAAUACAAGUGCUACAAACUCACCUAGGUUAGGUAUCAAACUUGGUUCCCAAACAACACGCCCGGCAAACAAUGUUGCUAUUGUUCAGCCACAUCAUGGGGAAAAGAAAGAAACAACUUUUGAUAAAGAAAUUACAACAGAUGUCAUUAAAGGUGAAAAGAUUGAAAAGGAUUUGGAAAAAAAUAACAAAGAAAACGUUGAUAAGAAAACAACAUUUAUUGCAGAUUCAGGCGAAACGUUGGACAUUAAGCCGAUGGAACCAAUCAACAGAAACAUGCAUUAUGCUCAAGGUUUCAUGGGAAGGUAUGCCUCUCCAGGAAAACCGCUGCCAAUGUCAGUCUCACAAAACCAGUGUUACGCCAUGACUGGCAUAUCACCUAACAGAAUGGGAGUUAAUCGGUCGCUGAUGGAAGCAAACAAGUUUUAUUCAGGUUCAAUAAAAAGGGCGACAUCAAGUGGUUCUGGAAACGUGUCAUACGAUGAUUACAGUUCUGAUUAUGAUACUUACGACUAUAUAUCUGGAUACAUGUCAGACGGGGACAUCUUGAAGGGAAACAAAAUGGACGACAUGUCGUCAGGCUACAUGAGCGAGGGUGGAGCUUCACUGUAUGCACGUCGUCUGCAGCAAAGAUUUAGAGAGGGAAUGCAGGCUGUUAAAGAAUGUAUGCAGAAGAGUAACAAUGUAGAUGAAGACAGUUUUGAUGACAGUAGUUCAAUUAGUAGUGGAGAUAUAAGCGACACAAUAAAUGAAAUAAGUACCGAUGAGGGAAAUCUAACUGGAGGAUCAGGACAGGAUGGUAACCCAUAUAGUAGCUUGAAACGUGGCCCCAAAGAUCUCUUCAGAAAUCUAACAAAUGCAAACUUGCAUGCCUCGCCAGGAAAACGGGUACCGAAUUUAGGAACUAGUGCAUUUUUAGGUUCUGAUUAUGUGAGUGACGUUCCAAAACCUGGAGAAGUGCCGCAGGUUGGAUUUAGAAAAUUCUCAUUACAAAAUAAUCGUUUAUUAAGUAGUGAUCCUGCAGAUUAUGCUUAUUUGUAUAAUGGAUAUGAACAAUGGCGAGGAGGCCCCGGUCAGCCACCUGGUGGCUUUAAUCAAGAACAGUUAGGACACUUGCGUAAACUUUCACAGCCAGAUAUUCACUUUAGAUCUCAGAGUACAACUGGUGAUUAUGCUGGUAGUGAAAAAGGUUAUCCAAGUACAAAAUGUGACUCUGAAACAAAUACAGACCAGUCUCAUGUGUAUGAAUCUAGUGUGCGGAAAAUGCAAAAUAUUCAAAAUGCUCGUGGAAUUCAAAGUGGUGGAGUAGGUUAUGGAUAUCAUCGUAGACCUUUAAGUAACACUAGCACUGGGUCUGUUGGAAGCACCAAAAGUGCACCAGGCGGACCCAUGGGAAGUCCAGCUGGAAGUCCUGCUAAACCUGGUUCAAACGCUGUAGGAACGCGUUUGGCAAAGCAUGGACUGGACCAGAUAGCUCAACAAUAUCAUGCUGCUACCUCAAAACAACGGCAAGAGCAAAGUAUGGCUGCUCAAACCCAGAAACCUGGUGGACAACAAGAUGGAGGCAAGAUACCUGAAUAUAGUAGUGCCUCUUUGGAGAGAAGGAAAAAAUCAUCAAGUGCUGCUCAAACUGAUAUGGACAUGUUUAAAUCUAAUUCUCUAGGUCGUAGAAAAGGAGGGAUGGGGCCAAUGAUACCUCAGCCUGGAGAGAAUGGCCAGUUUAAUAGUACAAUUAUUUCAAAUCCUCAUGCAACAUACAGUAGGCCAGAUGGCAGUAGACACAAUAGCCCAUAUAGUUCAGUUCAUAUACCUGGGACUAAUUUUACUGGAAACUAUGUGCCAUUGGAAUUCGCAAUGGGAAGUCCAAGAAAUUCUGGAAACACUGGAGGCUGGAUUCGCACAAACAGUGGUGCAGUAACAGCAGACGGGCGACAUAUAUAUCACCAUGUAUCUGAUAGUGAGAGCAUGGAUGCUUUAAGCUCUGUUAACAGUAUAAAUGCCAGAAUUCAGCAAGCACGUGCACUCAGUGGUGCUAGUGCACGAAUCUUGGCACAAUCGGGAAAUUACGGACUGCAGAGAUCAAACAGUAUGAAGUCUACAAGAUCUGAUUCAGCAUAUGCUAGUCCUCAGCAUUUACAACACCAACAUUCAGAAGAUCUUCCAAGUCCGCCACCUCCAACCUCGCCAACGCCUAGCAACAGCUCUCAUGCGUCGUCACGGUUUACAUUCCCGAUGACCACCUAUGCAUCAGGCCAGGCUCAGAAUCAGCCAUUGGUGCGAUCUAACACUAGUAGUAGUCUACCGUAUGGCACUCCAUUAGCUUUGACGAAAAUGAACCGAGGUGAAGAUGAAGACAGUUUACAUGGAUCGUCACUGUCAUUGGUCUCCAGUUCGUCAUCUGUUUACUCAACGGCUGAGGAGAAGCAGCAGGCUGAGAUAAGAAAGUUAAGAAGGGAGCUUGAAUCAGCCUACGAGAAGGUGACAACAUUGAGCACUCAGCUGAACACAAAUCAUCCAUAUGCAAAUGUGUAUUUGCCGGGAGGAAAAUACCAGAAGAAACCAGCCAUACCUGCGCAUGUUGUGGCAGCGUUUGAGCAGAGCCUGUCCAAUAUGACUCAUAGACUUCAGCAUCUAACAAGUACAUCAGAACAAAAGGAUUCUGAAUUGAAUGAGUUACGAGCAACUAUCGAAGCAUUAAAAAGACAGAGUGGUUUAAGUAUACAAGAGCAACCACUAAAUAAUGGCGGCAAUUCUGGCCGACGUCACACGACCCCGGGGAUGCUGGGUAAAGACUUGAACGCUCAUCAUGUUCAUGGAGGUAGAGUGUUUCAUACACUCCCAAUGCCGACUGAAGGAAGUCGAAUACAGCGUCAGAUCUCGUCAGAUUCUAUGUCAAGUAUAAACAGCAUGUCAAGUGCUUGUAGUUUCUCAAGUCAACAAUCUGCAGUGACGGACAUCGAAGCUGCAAAAAAGAAGAAAAAGAAAGGCUGGUUGCGGAGCUCGUUUAGCAAAGCAUUCAAUACUAAGAAAAAGAAUAGGAAUGGUUCCCUGUCUGACUGUGAGCCGGACACAAAUAGUUUAAGAUCUACAUUAUCAGUACCAAAUUCACCAUUGUUACAAAUCCACAUGCAGAACGGACAGCAUCCACUCAACAUCAAGGGGAGUCACUCUUCUGGAGCACUGUCCGACGGUGAGGAGUCGAUAACAAUUAUGGAGUUGCGGAAACAGUUACGAGACAAAGACAUGAAACUUACAGACAUACGUCUGGAGGCAUUGUCGUCUGCACAUCAGCUUGAACAACUUAGGGAAGCCAUGAAUAAAAUGAAAAAUGAUAUGUGUGCCUUAAAGUCAGAUAAUGAUAGAUUAGCACGAAUGGUGCAUUCGUCAAAUUCUCUCAACACUUCCCAGAAUUCCCUGCAGCAUCAUAACCGUACAAGCAGUGAAUCACUGGAACGAACAAUAAGUCUGACAGAAAAUACCAGUUUAGCCGACUUGUUAAUACAGGAGUCUCCUGAUAGGGGUGAAGGUCGUAGAGUGCCAAUUACAGUUCAUCUAGGGUCAAACCCUGACCCAAAUCGUGCAAGAGUUGAUAAAGCUGCAGAAGUACCUAUAGGUUCUUUGGCUGUUAGUGGGAAAACUAAAUGGGAUAUCCUUGAUAAUAUUAUCAGGAAAAUAUUCAAGGAGUAUGUUCUACGUAUAGACCCGGUUACAAAUCUUGGACUAAGUGCUGAAAGUGUGUUUUCAUACCAUAUUGGUGAUAUUGUAAGAACUAAAGAUUCUGAGGUACCGGAGUUACUUCCCAUAGGUUAUCUUGUUGGUGACACUAUGCAGAUUGGAAUAUGUCUGAAAGGAACACGCCAAAACAGUGUGGACUCCCUGGCCUUUGAAACAUUAAUACCCAAGUCUAUUGUUCAACGAUACAUCUCGCUGUUGAUGGAACAUCGUCGUAUUAUCCUUUGUGGACCUAGUGGCACGGGAAAAACCUACCUUGCUCAAAAACUUGCAGAACACCUCGUGCUCAGGUCAGGGAAGGAGCUCACUGCAGGAUCAGUGGCAACAUUUAAUGUUGAUCACAAAACAGCGAAGGAGCUACGCCAGUACCUUGCCAACAUUGCGGAGCAGUGUGAGAACACCAGCAUGGGAGAAUUACCGAGUGUGAUCAUCCUCGAUAAUCUCCAUCAUGUCGGAUCUCUAGGAGAGGUGUUCAAUGGCUUCCUAAGUGUCAAAUAUCAAAAAUGUCCAUACAUUAUUGGGACAAUGAAUCAAGCCACAUGCUCAACUACAAAUCUCCAGUUACAUCAUAACUUCAGAUGGGUGUUAUGUGCAAACCAUAUGGAACCAGUGAAAGGAUUUCUGGGACGGUAUUUACGUCGCAGACUGGUUGAGGCGGAAGUGAUGACCAGUCUUAGAAAUAACGACUUGAAUAAAAUAAUAGACUGGGUACCAAAGGUUUGGUUACAUCUGAACAAGUUCCUUGAAACACACAGCUCCUCUGAUGUCACAAUAGGGCCUCGACUGUUCCUGUCAGCUCCGAUGGACAUUGGUGGAUGUAAGCUAUGGUUCACUGAUCUCUGGAAUUACUCCAUAGUACCGUACAUGUUAGAGGCUGUUAGGGAAGGUCUACAGGUAUAUGGUAAGAGAGCCCAAUGGGAAGACCCUACAGACUGGGUACAUGACACAUUUCCAUGGGGUAUUGCUAAAGAAGGAGAACAGAUCUUGUUGAAGAUAAGGCAAGAAGAUGUUGGGUAUGACUCAGUUGGUUUGUCUUCAUCUGAAAACAACAGUCCUAAGAUACAGACCAAAAAUAAAGAGGAAAUAACUGUACAAGACUCUGAAGGAGAUUCCAUGGUCAGUGAUGUGUAGUUUCCAUGGAUACAAAAUUAUAAAAGUGAUUCCAUGGUCAAUGAUUUUUACUUUUUAUGGUAGGCAAUAUUUUAAUGUGAGUAUCCCAUGGUUAUCUUAUUAAAUAUAUUCCAUGGGUGUGACACUUGUAAGAUGAUACCUGGUUGCCAUGGAUACUAACAAAAGUGCAAUGCUAUAGAUAUACCAGUGAUGAAAGUUACAAUAGAACUAGUGAAUAUCUGAAAGCUGCAUGGAAACUGUAAACUUGCAAGGAUAAGUUACCAUGGAAACAUAGUUGAUAUACGUUUGAUGUCAUGUAGUCCAUGGACAAAGAGAGUAAACCAGUGUGAUAAGUUAACAAUGUUUUUUGUAGACUUAGAUGUGGAAAUUGUGAUUGAAUCCAGUCAUAUAACUUUAUUACUGAUAGAAGUGUAUAUAAGAGUUAUGGUUGUUUAUUUAUUAUAAUAAUAAUUUGAAAACAAAUGACUUGUUUUUGCUUUUAGAUAAUAUAGAUUUUGAAAUCCAAGAAAAGUCCUAAUUAGAAAGUUUAUCAGAUAUUGUACAGGUGUCUUUAAAGAGAAGUAAAUCUUUAAAGGGAAGUAAGUGUAAUAUACAGAAUCUGUAUAUUAUUGAAGGGAAGUAAUCCUGAGAUACAGAAAAUGUUCUUAUAUAGCAUUUUAAAUAUUUUGGUGCAAUGAACAUUGUAUUUAAAUCAACCGUUGUUAUAGUAAAUAAUUUGUCUUGUGUUAAGAUUUGUUAAAUAUUUUUUAAACUUGAUCCAAAAAUUAAUUAUUUUUUAAUAUUACGAUUUUUUAAUUAACAUAUUUUUUAACAUGUCUAUUUUAACAAGUUAUAAUAUUUAUUGCAAGUAUUAUACAUGUUUAGAACUUUGAAUUUUUAUGCUUUAGUGAUAGAACUGCAGUCACAAAGUUAAAGAAUACUGUAAAAUUUACAUAAGAAACCAGUCUCAAGAAUGGAAUCUGAUGAUUGGUCAAUUUCAAAUCUGUAAUUCAAAUUGACGAAUCAGACACUAGAAUUUUAGACUGGUUUUCUAAAUUCAAGUGUAGUAAUCUUGGGCCUGGUAAUUUGUUUUAUACAAAAAGUAUUCGGUUAUUGUGCAAUAGGGUAAAAGGCAAUGAUAUUGUUAUUACUGGAAAACAUUUUACUAGGGGAUUUUAUUGGAAUACAACAUUUCCAACAAUGCAUUUUUUUACUAUCUUACUUCUCAUUAUUGGUGCUGUAGAAUUUGUUUACAGAAUGUCUGAAAGAAGUGUUUAAGAUACUUUAUACAGUAAAUAUUGAUUAUUACAUAAUAUAUAUAUAUAUACAUAUAUAUAUAUAUAUGUUUUAAGAAAUUAAGUUCAUGUAUAUUUUAAUAUUAGUUGGCCGCAGUUCUAAAUUGCGUUACUUAAAAUAGAAGUCGGAGUAAAAAAAUUGAAUUCCUGGAGAAUAAACUCAACAACUGUUUAUAACAAGAUAAAAAGUUAUUUAUGACUUUGACACAAAAUUCUUCAUUUCUUUUAUUGUAUGUACCAGUAUUUAGAUGUAUUAGUUUAUGUUUUUAUAUAAUAUUCAUCUCUGUAGAAUACAGUAGGACCAAUAAAUGAGUCAUCUUUUUUUUAAUAAUUUCAAUUACAUUGUUUGAUUCACAUCUGCCGAAUGUUUCAUUAUUUAUGUCACAUUUCAUUACAAUGCACAUUAUCUAUUUUUUUAUUUAUUUUUUU